CUUUUCCUCCAUUACUGGUAAAGUGUGACGGUCUUUGAAAGACAGCGAGAUCAUCGCCGUGAAACAUUUAUAAGCAGAUGGCAGAGCUGGGCAGGACUGUGAGGGUGAGUAAUCUGCCCACAGUCAUUGAGGAUAACAGGCUGCGCGACAAGCUAUUUAUCCACUUCCUGAGAGCCAGGAAUGGAGGAGGGGAAAUCAACUCUGUCACCAUUGUCAAGACAACGCCCGCCUCUGCCCUCAUCACUUUUGAGGACAGUGGAGUGGCACAGAGAGUCAUUCAACACAGCCCGCAUGUUCUGGAUGUGGAUGGGGAGAAGUAUAAGGUCACUGUGAAGGAGCACCAUGAAAUCCUGGACCCAGACAAGGUCAUCUUAAGUUUAUCAGCGACUGUUGAUCACAGGCAGCUUCCUGAGGGAAUAACAGCACUGACAAGCCUUCAUAAGAACCAUCCUGAUAUCCAGUUAAACUAUGAUGCUACUGAGGAAGUCUACACGUUACGUGGGUCCUAUUCCAAAGUCCAGGCUGCUUUGGCGCAACUUUUUGGCCCAAAAUCAGCAGAAAACAAAGACUCAGGUGAACCAGCCACUAGUGGCUCCAAGUCUGUUCAGAGAGCACAGAAGCCUCAUACUCAGGAGUCAGAGGAUCUAAUCAGGAAACCUAAUAAGCAAAAAGAACAACGAGAGAAAGUUCCCAUUAGCAGGCCUUCUGAUGAGUACAACUCCAGCUCUUAUAGAGACCUAACGCCUGGUGGUAAUGGCUGGGAAGAUACUGGUCAGACAGAGGGUGCAGCUCUGCAGCUUCCUGGGCAUCCUACUACACCAGAGGAGGACUUCUCACUGAUUGUGGAUGCAGACAUGUUCCAAUAUCUGCAGAAACACUGCCGGAAGGAAUACCAGCACAUCCUUAGUCAGUAUGGUGUUGAUGUGGUGGAUUUCACGAAUCAGGGGUUGACUACUCUGUUUUUGCAGGUUGCAACAGGAGUAGAAGGUGGGCGAGAUCAGGAGCGCCUCAAGUUGUCGAGAAAGGCGAUAAGUAAGUUUUACCAGGACAAUGAGACCAAGAUCCGUCGAGACCAGAUCCCGAGGAGUAUCCUGUCACUCAAGGGGGGGACGCAAAAGGCGAUUGAGGACUUAAGUGUCAGAUUUCCCAAGCUUCUUCUCAAUGAAGAUGAGCGAAAUAUUUAUAUUGUUGGGAGCAGCAGUGACGUGUCUGAGGCCAAGCAGUUUCUUCUCCUGGAGUCCAGCGACGUGAGGAGUAAAAAAGAGGAUGAAGCCAGUCUUCUUAGAUAUCCUUCAUAUGAUUCAUCACCUGAUGAACAGAGAGUCCCUCUCACCAUUUCCUCCACUGCAGAUUCUUUGGAUGAAAAGAUAGACCAGCUGCUGAGGUCAGGGGAGGAUGAAAGGAGAGCCGAAGGAGCCAGAAGGUAUAAACUAGCUGCACGGUUUAAAGAUUCAGGGCUUGCUGCAUUAGGCAGUCGACCAACUGACUUCACCUUAAGAGGGUUUUCAUCUUCCAGUAGACAAACACGCCUUGGGCCAUUGGUAGGACAUGAUGUCCUGUCAGAAACAGCAGGGAUUCCUGGUGAAAGUGUCUCUGGAGCAUUAGCCCAAAACAUUGCAGGGGACAUCUUGUUUAAGAGUGGAGAUGCUCUUCCUUCAACUGCUUCUAUGCAGUAUAAAACCUCCUCAAACUCAUAUUUACUCGGUACUCGACCCAAGAGUUUAACAUCCCCCCUUAGCACAACUCAGACAGGUGUUUUAGUAAGUACUGCGCUUCCACCUGCUGGGUCUGGAUCCACCUUAAAGCGAGCCAGUAGUUUCUCAGGAACGCCUCAGCAGAAAGCCCAAGUUAAGAGUCAGAAGAGUCAAGAUGACUCCAGCAAGCCCACUGUCAGAACCAGGGGCCGGUCCUCUAGCUUCAGUAGCCAAACAGGGAGGGACAAGAGAGAAGUUUAUAAUGCAGAGAUGACAGUUUCUGUUGUCAUGUGGAAGCAUAUAAAAGAAGCCUACAGCACCCGAGUUGAUGAUCUCACCUCUGAUGUCCAGAUGAAAGAGAGCUCCUCAGAGGGUAGUGGUGAGCAGACAGUCACCUUAAGAGGGGCGAGCUCAUCCAAAGUGAGUUCAUGUCAGCAAGGUUUACAGAUGUUGGUUGAUUCAGUUGGUGCAGACUUCUCUGUGCACGAGCUGCGUUUGUCAGAUCUGGGUAUCACUGACAAAGCAGAUGAAACCUUACAGGUUUGUUGUGCUGAGGUGCGCAGCCGAUUCAAGAAGGUCACCAUUCAGAGUUUAAAGAAGAGCUUAUUUCUUCUCGGCCCAGAAAAGUUGUGUUCUCAGGUAGCUGCUUCUCUGCGGGAGGUUUUUUCUGGAGAUUCGGCCAAAAUACCUGAACAACAGGACCUUUCUGGCCCGUCUACCUCCCAUCAAAGUCUAUCGACAUUUUUACAAAUGAAUGAGGACCAACGAACGAGCCCGUACUCUUACAGUAAUUCUCAGUUGAUGCAGGAGAACCAAACAAGCAAUGCUGAUGGCACUGAUAGUAGUCAGGAAAGGACAGCAAAACAGAAGAGUGACUUCAGUGAGACAGAUCUUGUAAAUGGAUCCAUUAACCAACCAUUAGUGAGAAAAGACCCUGUUGUUAAAGAGAAAGUGAAAAUUGCAGGUACAGGGGAGAUGGAUGGACAGAAGAUUGAGACAUAUGUCAGCCAGUCCAAAACAACAACCCCCACUGAUAAAGACACGGCCCUCCAUAAGAAAGAGAGAACUAUACAUUCCACCCAAAAGGACAGUGUACAGCAAAGACAAACAGAGAUCCAGGACACCCCAGAGGAAUCCAGACCAGGUGUGGGGUGCAUCUGUGUUUGUGGGAAGAGUGAGAUGUUGGUGAAAACUAAGUGUGGGGCUAGCAUGUGCUCAAAGUGUCUGGACACUGUACAUAUCCACUGCAGAGUGUGUCAUGAGACGGAGCAGACGCCGCGGGGCAUCCAGGGCAAAAUGAGCUACUCUAAACUAAACAUCAGCAUACCAGGUCAUCACAAAGACGCGAUCAAGAUCACUUACUGCAUCCCUGAUGGUAUCCAAGCGGACGAUCACCCUUCUCCAGGAGAACCAUUUCAGGGAGCUGUGUUUGAAGCUUAUCUUCCUGACAGUGAUAAGACAAAGAAGCUGCUGCCCCGGCUGGAAAAAGCCUUCAAACAGGGACUCACCUUCACAGUGAUGGGCAAAGAGAAAGGGGCCAAGGUUACCUGGGACUGUAUCCCACAUAAGACCACCCUAUAUGGAGGCAAACCAGGGAACGGCUACCCAGAUUCCACUUACUUGACUCGCUUGUCUGAGGUCUUGAACUCCAAAGGGAUCGAGGAGCCACCUGCCAAGUCUUAAGAUUAAAAGAAAUCUGAGGAGGACUUCUUAAGCAGCAGUUUAAAUAUUUUUCUGAUUAUCAGAAGAUGCCCGAUAAUGUAUAUAGAUUUAAAAUGUUUUCCAGAUAAUUAUUAUAACUCUCAUUGUGGCUGUUUUGGAUUUUAUUAACGUUAUAACAUGCCUCACUGAUGCUUAUAAUUUUAAUCUGUGUUUAAAGGAAAAGUGUGACCACUGUUCUUAAUUGUUUCACAAUGCAUUCCUGAACAUUUUCUUACUUUUUCACCAUCAUCCUCGACAGAAAAAGCAGACUAUUCCAUAUAGUGUGCAUUGUACUGUAUUUACAUUUUUACUUUCCUGUGUGGUUAUAAAGACUUUAGGUAGAACAAGAAGAUAUUUGUAGAAUAUUGGGGAGCAAAACUAUAUUUGUAAAAAUCUCUUAUCUUCUCUUCAUUAUUUUUUCAGAAUGGGAACAGAAAUAAAAAAGCACAUCUCCUGA